AUGCGAACUGUAGCCGUUAUUGGAGGUGGCGUUAGUGGUCUAAUAUCAACUAAAUGUUGUCUGGAUGGCGAUUUGUUACCAACAUGCUAUGAAAUGACAAAAGAUAUCGGUGGAUUAUGGAACUACGAUGAAAAUGCUGUUGAUGGAAAAGCAAGUGUGAUGAAAUCUACUGAAGUCAAUACAUCAAAAGAAUUUAUGGCUUUCAGCGAUUUUCCACCGCCUGCUGAUUAUCCAAAUUAUAUGCAUAAUUCUAAAUUAUUGUCAUAUUUUCGAAUGUAUGCAUCGAAAUUUGAUCUUCUAAAAUGUUUUCGAUUUCGACGGCGUGUAACUCGAAUUGAACCAACGGACGAUUAUGAACAAACAGGAUGUUGGUUAAUCUAUAGUGUUGAUGUCAAUGAAACGGACGAAGAAAAAAUACGUAACAAUGAACUUUGCGAAAGAUUCGAUGCAGUUAUGUUAGCGACAGGACAUCAUGCAUUUCCAAGAUGGGCGACAUUUCCAGGCUUUGAUAAGUUUCAAGGUGGCAAACUACAUAGUUGGCAGUAUAAGACACCUCAUGGUUUCGAAGAUAAAACAGUUCUUAUCGUUGGCAUUGGAAGUUCAGCUGGUGAUAUGGCUGUCGAAUUAGGGCGUGCUGCUAAACAAGUGUAUUUAAGUACACGUCGUGGUACAUGGGUUUAUAAUCGAGUUGGGCCAAAUGGAUGGCCAACAGAUAUGUAUCGAACUAAUUUAAUGCUAGCAACAAUUCAGAAAUACUUUCCAUGGUUAAUGAAUCGAUUGAUUGAACGUGAGUUAAGUAAAAAGUUCAAUCAUGAAUUAUACAGUCUCAAACCUGAUCAUCUUCCUUUACAACAACAUCCAUUUAUUAAUGAUGAUUUACCCAAUCGAAUUUUAUGUGGCUCAGUAAUCAUCAAGCCAAAUAUAAAAGAAUUUUCAAGCGAUGGUCAUAGCGUUCUAUUCGAAGAUAAUACAAAAAUCGAUCAUGUCGAUUGUGUUCUUAUGGCAACUGGCUUUAAUAUUGCAUUUCCCUAUUUAAAUGAAAGUAUUCUAUCUGUUAAAGAUAAUAAGAUUCAACUUUACAAAUUUGUUUGGCCAUCCCACUUAGCUCAUCCAACACUGGCUGUCAUGGGUUUGAUUCAACCAUGGGGCGCGAUCAAUCCAAUGACAGAACUGCAAGCACGUUGGGCUGUGCGUGCAUUCAAACGUGAAUUAAAAUUACCAUCACGCUUGAAAAUGGAUGAAGACAUUCAUCAACGUUUCGAGAAAAUGUCUAAACGAUAUGUUUCAUCGCCACGACAUACAAUACAAGUUGAUUAUAUUGAAUAUUGUAAUGAACUAGCCAAUGAAGUUGGUUGUCUACCAAAUAUAUUAUCUUAUCUUUUAAAUGAUUUUUCACUCGGAUGGCUUUUACUUUGUGGACCUUGUACUCCAUAUCGAUAUCGUUUAGAAGGACCCAGUAAAUGGAAAGAUGCACGGCAUGCUAUUCUCACACAAGAUAAAAGGGUCGAAUGCCCAUUACGUCAUGGCAAAAGACAAAAUCAAUCAAUGAAAUAUCCAAUCAAUCCAACAUUUGUACUUUCUUUUAUUUUUCUUUUAGUGGUUUCAUUAAGUAUUUUUAUUUUUUUUUGGAAAUAA